CAGGCGGGAAUGUGGGUGAUUUGCCCCAAAACUACACAGCAGAGGUUUGAGUCAGAACCAACACUAAGAGCUGGGAUAAGGAGAGAAAUGGACACCACUAACUAGGCUGUUUAAAGCUUGGUGAAGACUUCCCGCAAGGGGACGCAAACUAUUUUCUGAAAGCGAAUGAGAACAGGAUCGGAGCAACCAGCGCUACUCCAAGGUUCCCCCUCCUCGCUAGACAAGAUGUCUUACCAGAAAAAGCAACCCACCCCACAACCCCCAGUGGGCUGCUUGAAGACCUCCGGCGGAGGCUCUGGAGGCGGCGUCGGUUCUGGGGUCUGCGGCGGCGGCGGCGGCGGCGGCGGCUACUCCGGCGGCGGCGGCGCCAGCUGCGGCGGGGUCUCUUCCGGGGGCGGCGUCUCCGGAGGCUGCAUCGGCGGUUCCGGGGGCGGUUCCGGGGGCGGCUCCGGGGGCGGCAUCAAGUACUCCGGCGGCGGCGGCUACUCCGGCGGCGGCAGCGGCUCUGACUGCGGCUACUCCGGCGGCGGCUACUCCGGCGGCGGCGGCGCCAGCUGCGGCGGGGUCUCUUCCGGGGGCGGCGUCUCCGGGGGCGGCUCCGGGGGCGGCAUCAAGUACUCCGGCGGCGGCGGCGGCGGCGGCUCUGACUGCGGCUACUCCGGCGGCGGCGCCUCUGGAUGCGGAGUCGUCUCCUCCGGGGGCAGCAGCGGCUGCUUCUCCAGCGGCGGCGGCGGCGGCGGCGGCUCCGGCUACUGCGGCGGCUCCUCCUCCUCCUCCUCUGGCCAGCAGGUCCAGAGCCAGAGCUACGGAGGCGCCUCUAGCAGCAGCUGCGGUGGCGGCGGCGUGUCCACUGGCGGCUCCGGCUGCGGGGGUGGGGUGAUCGUGGUCGAUUCCGGCUGCGGGGGCGGCUCCUCCGGCGGCUACAGCUGCGGGGGCGGUUCCUCCGGCGGCGGCGGCGGCUCGGGCUAUUUCCCCUCCUCGCAGCAGUGCACUCAGCAGAGCUACGGUGGGGGGUCGUCCGGCGGCGGCUCCGUUUGCAGCGGCGGCGGCUUUUCUGGGGGCGGCAGCGGCUGCGUCUCCAGCGGCGGCGGCUCCUCCAGCGGCGGCGGGUUUAGCGGCUCUGGCUGCGGAGGUGUCUCCUCCGGGGGCGGCUCCGGGAGUGGCAAGGGCGUCCCGGUCUGCCACCAGACCCAGCAGAAGCAGGCACCUACCUGGCCAGGCAAAUAAAGCCCCCUGGACGCCCAGGAGGGGAAGAAGCUGGGAGUGUUCUCCGUGGGCGCGAAUGGGCUUAGCACUCUCAUGACAUUGCCUACAGGUUUCCAAACCCUUCCCGUCUUACCCACCUAGAAGAAGCCAUUGAGCUCUCAAGCUGCAGCUUGUUCUGCAGUUUUUCCUCCUUGGUUUCUGUACAACUACCUCCCCAACCCAAUGCAUCUUCAGACAAUAAAUGCAAUUCAUGAGAAUCUUUGAGUCUCCAGGAGUCUCUGUAGCUUCCC